AUGACUCAGUUGAUCUUUUCAUCUAACUUCAAUUAUCAGUUUUUUACCCUACUUAUUGUCAUUCUUUUUUUUCUUAAUAAUUAUCAAAUAUCAGCCAAUAGACUGAGUAAUAAACCUGAUUAUCAACAACUUGCCUCAACCUAUAACGAUUUAUCUUAUGAAGAUAUGGAUGAUAAUGAAUCCCCAUUUUCAAUGAGUCAAAACAACGUUUAUAUACCCGAUUAUGAUGAAGUUGCAGCACGACAUCCUUGGUCUCAAUUAUUUCAUCGUCAGUCUGAGCGAUCCAUUUAUAAUACAAAUUCUUAUAUACCACAAAAAUCUGGUUUUGCUUUACGUCAUAGUAAAAUUCAUUAUAAUCCAAAUUUAUCUCAAAAACGUUCAAUUCCAAUUGAACUACAAAAAGCCCUAUUUGCUCAUGGAAUUGUAGGUCGUCGCCGUUAA